UAAACAAAAAGACCGAACGUUCUCGACUAAGUCAAGCAAUAUCUGUGCUGUUCUGAUUUUAAAACGUUUUUGCCAAUAGACACGCACGAGUUUUGGUUCUUUUUAGGAGAAUAUGCAUGUAAACCUUAGUUCGCAUUUGCACACAGACGAGUGUAACAAACUCAUUAACAAGUUAUUCAAAUGCUACGAAGCGUAUAAAUAUGGAAAAUUUUUUGGAUUCUGCAAUGGCGAAUAUGAUGAUAUGCGAAUGUGUCUUCGCGGUGAGCGAAAAUCUCGUCAACGGGAGAACUACUUGUACUCAGCAGAGAUUAAACGGAGACAGAAAUGCCAAGCUGCUCAAUGCUGAUGCUGGACAAAUAUGUAUUAGUGCUUUAGACAAAUUAAGGUCGCAAUAAAUUUAAAGUAUAUUAUUGUA